AUGUCGGAGUUUCUCGGUCACAGUUUUGUUUUUAAAAACCCGGAGGAGCUGACGGAGCUGAGACAAACCGCCGCGGACUUUUACCGAGUGAACCGCGUCCCGGAGCAUCUGGAGCGGGCCCUGAACGAACUGCUCACCCGCAGACCGAGCGACCUGCACGGAUACCUGGCAGAGUUCUUCUCCGCUCUCUCCUGUCCUCCUCGGAUCAGCAGAGUCCAGGGUCUGGAGGUCCUGGACUCCAGAGGACAACCUUCAGUACUGGCCCAGGUCUACUGCAUCGUCAGGAACCACGAGAAGCUGGUUUCCUCCGCCGCCGUCGCCUCGAACUUCAGAGCCAAAGACGGCGAGAGCCGAGAGCGCGAGAACGUGAACCACGCACUGACCUGGAUCCACCACCUGAACCAACAACUCCAAGACCUGAGCCCUGAAGACCAGAACCACGUGGACCUGAUCCUCAGUGAGUUUUAUUCUUCUCGUCUUGUGGAUUUGUCGGAGUCUUGUUCUAAACUGGACGACAGCUCCAGCACCAGUUUGUCCAACACCACCGACGCCCAGGGCCCCGGCAACAGGAGAGGUAAAAAGGGCUCUGCGGUGCGGCCCCCACCCCCCCCGGAGCCUCCUGAGCUGCUGGUUCCUGGGGGCCUCUGUGUGGGGGCCCUGUCCCUGAGUGUGGCCCGAGGGGGGGCCCAGAGCCGAGGAGUGGCCCUGUACCAACACAUCGCCCAGCUCAAGAACCCGCACCCGCCGGUCGCUCCGCACCUGCCCGUCCCCUCUGUCCUCGUCUCCGUCCUGAGCUGUGGGAAAACUGCCCCAGGAAAACUGCACCUGUUUGAAGAAGUUCUCCUGAUCCCCCGACCGGGCCUCAGGGCCUCACAGGUGGUGCAGGCGGCGCAGGACGUGCAGAGGGAGAUGCAGAGGAUCCUGGGAGCUCAGAGUAAAACUGGGGCGUUUGGUGCUUUGCUCAGUGACUGCGGCGCCCCCUGCCUGAGCGCCGAGAAAGUAGAGCAGCCGCUAGAGCUUCUGUCGGACGCCUGCGCCAACCUGGAUCUGCGCCUCGGACAAGAGCUGUACGUGGGUCUGAGCUGCGCCGCGCCCGCCCUCUACGACCACGUUCGGUGUAAAUAUGAGGUCUGUUCUGGGCUGUUGAAGUCUCCAGAUGAGUUGGUGGAUUUGCUCCAGAAUCUGAUCCUCAAGUUCCCCAGUGUGGUGACGGUGAUCGACCCGCUGAGGAGAGAGGACGUGGAGCAGUGGGAGCGUCUCUCGUCCUCCGUCUCUUCGUCCUGUUCUCUUCUGAGUGACGUCACCUUCAGAGCCGGAGCCCCGCCCCCUCCAGGGGUCAGAGGUCACGUCCUCAAACACGCCGACCACGUGACCGUCAGCGACCUGAUCCGGGCCAGCGUCGAACAGGAAGCAUGUGCAGGGUCUGUGCUCCUGGGACCUGCCCACAGUGAACCCGCCUCUGACUCCGCCCUCCCCGACCUGGCCGUGGGUCUUGGUCUGGACUUUGUUAAACUUGGAGGACUCAGCGGCGCUGAGAGAUCCUCACGAUACAACCGCCUCCUCGCCAUCGAAGACGAACUGCAGCGAGACGGACGCCUCAUUUUCAGAGAUGAACUGCGACCCCCGAUCUUCCCCCAGAGACCAGACAAAGACCAG